ACCCUCUUUCGUUAUUACUGAGCUUAUGCGUAUGUUAUAGUUUCCAAAGGCACUCACAGAGGUAGGAGCGGCGGGAUCAGAAGGAUAUUGCAAGAUGAAGUUUAACAUUGCAAAUCCCACCACUGGAUGCCAGAAGAAGCUGGAAAUUGAUGACGACCAGAAACUUCGCGCAUUUUGGGACAAGAGAAUCUCACAGGAGGUUCUUGGUGAUGCUCUUGGUGAGGAAUUCAAAGGCUAUGUUUUUAAAAUCACUGGUGGGUGUGACAAACAAGGAUUCCCAAUGAAGCAGGGAGUGUUGACCCCUGGUCGUGUACGGCUGUUGCUCCAUAGAGGAACUCCUUGCUUCCGUGGAUAUGGAAGGCGCAAUGGAGAGCGUAGAAGGAAGUCUGUUCGUGGGUGCAUUGUCAGUCCUGACCUCUCUGUUUUGAACUUGGUAAUUGUGAAGAAGGGUGAAAGUGAUUUGCCAGGUCUGACUGAUCUUGAGAAGCCAAGGAUGAGGGGUCCAAAGAGAGCAUCCAAAAUCAGGAAACUGUUUAACCUGUCCAAGGAAGAUGAUGUGAGAAAGUAUGUUAACACCUACCGCCGAACCUUUACAACAAAAGCUGGGAAAAAAGUAAGCAAAGCACCAAAGAUUCAACGACUGGUCACUCCUUUGACACUCCAAAGGAAGCGAGCAAGGAUUUCAGAUAAGAAAAAGAGAAUUGCUAAGGCAAAAUCAGAAGCAGCAGAGUACCAGAAACUCCUUGCAUCUAGAUUGAAGGAGCAGAGGGAACGCCGGAGUGAGAGCUUGGCCAAGCGGAGAUCCAAAAUUUCCAGUGCUUCCAAACCAACUGUCACAGCAUAAGCUGCUUUCCGAUAGUCAUAUGGUGAAGUUUAAACUUUGCCGUAGUUUUUUGUAGUCUUGUUUCACGAGGGUGAUUUUGACUAACAUUUAUGAUUUUGCAAUUUAAAUACAUCCGAGUUCAUUGAAGUAUUUUGCAAUUAAUUGUUUCAGAGUUCAAUCGAAUUGGAUGAUUCUUGCCUAGUUUGAAUUUU